CUCCCCAUUGCCACCACUCAUUCCCGCCUAUCAUGUAGUCAACAGUCAACUCAAGAAACCUCCUUUCUAUCAUUCAUGGAAGGCGUACAGCUCACACCCAUUUGACUGAUAUCCCAAGGAGCUUGUCAAGAAUGGAGCUUUUCGAUUCACCGAAGCAGGUUCUUGAAAACUUUCUCUCAGACUCCUCCACUCUGAUGUAUUCAGGUGGCGGUUUUCUGCUCAAGACCACGUUCUUGCGUGGUUUCUCUGGUUCUCUGCACUUGAUUUUGUUGCUUGGGCUCUUGAUUUCACGGGCGUGCAAGAAUAUAUGGGCACGACAUGUUGAAGGCUCCAAAGAAAGUCCCGGAAGAAGCAAACUUUGGUACUAUAAGCCAACUUUGAUUUGCUGUUUAGGUUUGUCCGUGUUUAAUCUGGUCUUGUGUGUGACAAAUUACUUUUACUGGAAUAGAAAUGAUUGGUCGGAAGAGAAAUUGGUCUGUCUUUUGGAUUUAGGACUAAAAACUCUUGCUUGGGGAGCUCUAGGUGUUUAUUUGUAUGGCCAAAGCUCCAAUUUUGGAGGGUCAAAUUUCCCUUUCCUAUUGAGAGUUUGGUGGGGUUUCUACUUGUCUAUCUCAUGUUAUUGCCUCGUCAUAGACAUUGUUCUGUCUGCCAAGCAUGCUCCGGUGCAAACUCGAUAUAUUAUUUCUGAUAUAGUCACUGUUGUCACUGGUUUAUUCUGUUGUUAUGUGGGGUUCUUUGGUAAAAUUGAGAUCGAUGACAAUCUCCUCGAAGAACCCCUUUUAAAUGGUGAUUCAGUUACGGUUGGUGCGGAAUUGAAUAAGCGCCGAGGAGGUGAAACUGUGACCCCGUACUCAAAAGCGGGUUUGUUUAGCAUUAUAACCUUCUCGUGGCUGAGUCCUCUAAUUGCUUUAGGGAAUAAGAAAGCAUUGGACCUGGAGGAUAUUCCUCAACUUUAUUCUCAAGAUAGUUUAGUUGGCACACUACCUAGUUUCAAGAAAAGGCUUCAGUCAGUUGUUAAUUCAAGCAAUGGAAUGACUUCGUUUGGGCUGGCGAAGGCUUUGAUUUUGUCGGAAUGGAAAGAAAUUAUUUCCACAGCGGUGUUGGCUCUUCUAUACACACCAGCUUCGUAUGUUGGCCCUUACCUUAUUGAUGAUUUUGUCCAAUACCUUAAUGGGCAACAAAACUUCAACAGCAAAGGUUACCUUCUAGUUUUGGCCUUUUCAGUUGCGAAACUUGUCGAGUGCCUUUGCUUUAGGCAGUUGAUGUUUAGGCUGCAGCUGGUUGGGAUUAGGACUCGCUCGCUGCUGGUAGCGAUUAUAUACGACAAGGGAUUGACCCUUUCGUGCCAGUCUAAACAGGGCCGUACCAGUGGAGAGAUCAUUAAUUUUAUGGCAGUAGAUGCAGAACGGAUUGGUGAAUUUAGCUGGUCCAUGCAUGAACCUUGGCUAGUGCUUCUGCAAGUUGGGUUGGCCUUAGCAAUCCUGUAUAAGGAUCUCGGGCUUGCAGCCAUUGCAGCUUUUGUGGCAACCGUGCUCGUUAUGUUAGCGAAUGUUCCUCUGAGUUCGUUCCUAGAGAAGUUUCAGGAUAAGUUGAUGGAAUCAAAAGAUAAAAGAAUGAAGGCGACCUCUGAAAUCCUGCGGAACAUGAGGAUUUUGAAGCUUCAGGCAUGGGAGAUGAAGUUCUUGUCCAAGAUCGUUGAACUCAGGAAUGUUGAGAGUGGGUGGUUAAAAAAGUUUGUUUACACACAAGCAUUGACUUCUUUCGUUUUCUAUGGUGCCCCCACAUUUGUUUCAGUUGCUACAUUCGGCGCAUGCUUGAUACUGGGAAUCCCACUAUCAUCGGGGAAGAUUUUAUCUGCAAUUGCAACGAUUAGGAUCCUCCAAGAUCCCAUAUACUCUUUACCUGAUGUAAUGUCAAUGAUCGCUCAGACUAAGGUUUCUCUUGACAGAACAUCAUCAUUCCUGCGCCUGGAGGAUCUGCAGAACAAUGUUAUUGAAAAGCUUCCUCAGGGUAUGGCUGAUAUGGCAGUCGAGAUUACUGCAGGCAAUUUCACGUGGGACUUGUCUUCACCUGAUCCAACAUUGAAGGAUAUAAAUUUGAAGGUACGCAAUGGCAUGAAAGUUGCUGUAUGUGGUAUUGUGGGUUCAGGAAAAUCGAGCUUACUUUCUUGCAUCCUGGGAGAAUUGGCGAAGAUCUCUGGAACCAUCAGGUUAUGUGGCACUAAGGCCUAUGUUGCUCAGUCUCCAUGGAUACAGAGCGGUAAAAUUGAAGAAAACAUCUUAUUUGGCAAGGAGAUGGACAGAGAGAGAUAUGAAAGGAUCAUUGAGGCUUGCUGCUUGAAGAAGGAUUUAGAAAUUCUCCCAUUUGGAGAUCAAACAAUUAUUGGCGAGAGAGGGAUAAACCUGAGUGGUGGACAGAAGCAGAGAGUGCAGAUUGCUCGUGCUAUAUAUCAAGAUGCUGACAUUUAUCUUCUCGAUGACCCUUUUAGUGCUGUGGAUGCUCACACCGGAUCUCAUCUCUUUAAGGAAUGUUUGCUAGGGCUUUUAAGUUCAAAAACAGUGAUCUAUAUUACUCAUCAAGUAGAGUUCUUACCGACGGUUGAUCUAAUCCUGGUCAUGAGAGACGGAAAGAUUGUGGAAGCUGGAAAGUACAGUGACAUUCUUCACGCCGGUGCCGAUUUCAGGGAACUUGUAGGUGCGCAUAAGAUGGCUUUGUCGGAACUUAACUCCACUCAACAUAGGCCUGAUUCCAUAGGAUUUACUGUCAACAUUGAAAAUGGUGAAACAGAAAGUUCCAUAGAGAUGGAUGAAAACAGCAAUGUUCAAGAUGGCAUGGUUGGGCCAAAAGGUCAGCUUGUUCAAGAAGAAGAGAGGGAGAAAGGUAGAGUCGGGUUUCCGGUGUACUGGAAAUUUAUUACAACUGCAUAUGGAGGAGGUCUAGUGCCUUUCAUAUUGCUGGCUCAGAUUCUCUUUCAGCUCCUUCAAAUAGGAAGCAAUUAUUGGUUAGCCUGGGCAACCCCAGUGUCGGAGGACAUCAAACCUGCUGUCGCUGGAUUGACGCUAAUACUUGUUUACAUGGGGCUGGCAGUCGGCAGUGCUUUUUGCGUUCUUGCCAGAUCUUCACUUCUGGCUACUGCUGGCUACAAGACUGCCACUUUACUCUUCAAUAAGUUGCAUUUUGCAAUCUUCCGAGCUCCCAUGUCAUUCUUUGAUGCUACCCCUAGUGGACGAAUACUAAAUAGGGUCUCAACCGACCAAAGUACUGUGGAUAUGAGCAUUCAAUAUCGAGUUGCCGCAUCAGCCUUCUCAAUGAUUCAGCUCCUGGGAGUUAUUGCUGUGAUGUCUCAGGUUGCAUGGCAAGUUUUCAUAAUCUUUAUCCCAGUGGUUGCGGCCUGCGUCUGGUAUCAGCAAUAUUACCUACCUUCUGCUCGAGAACUAGCAAGGUUGGUUGGGGUAUGCAAAGCUCCAGUGAUCCAGCAUUUUUCCGAGACUAUAUCAGGAUCAACCACGAUACGCGGAUUCGAUCAAGAAUCAAGAUUCCGCAACACCAAUAUGGAACUUUCGGAUGCAUACUCUAGGCCCAAGUUCCAUGGUGCUGGGGCAAUGGAAUGGCUUUGUUUUCGCUUAGAUAUGCUUUCGUCUUUCACAUUUGGGAUCUCUUUGAUCUUCUUGAUCUCUCUUCCUGAGAGAUUUAUCGACCCAGCAAUUGCAGGCUUGGCCGUGACAUACGGGCUUAAUUUGAACAUGAUACUAGCAUGGGUGAUUUGGAAUUUGUGCAAUAUGGAGAACAAAAUCAUAUCGGUUGAAAGAAUACUUCAAUACUCUUGCAUCUCAAGCGAGCCUCCUCUUGUGAUAGACAAUAAUCGGCCUCAUCCGUCAUGGCCAUCACGUGGAGAGAUUAGUAUCUCUGAUCUGCAGGUCCAAUAUGCUCCACACUUGCCACUCGUUCUGCGAGGCAUCACGUGCACUUUCCCUGGCAGGAUGAAAACGGGUAUCGUAGGGAGAACGGGCAGUGGAAAAUCAACUCUCAUACAAACACUUUUCCGUAUUGUAGAACCUUGUGCAGGUCAAAUGCUAAUAGAUGGCGUCAAUAUCUCCUCAAUUGGGCUGCAUGAUCUGAGGUCUAGAUUAAGUAUCAUUCCACAAGAUCCAACUAUGUUUGAGGGCACCGUGCGAAGCAACCUUGACCCUCUUGAGGAAUACACUGAAGAUCAGAUCUGGGAGGCAUUGAAUAAGUGCCAACUCGGGGACGAAGUAAGGAAGAAAGAAGGGAAACUGGAUUCGCCAGUUUCAGAGAACGGUGAGAACUGGAGCAUGGGACAAAGGCAGCUUGUGUGUCUCGGUCGCGUCCUGCUCAAGAAAAGCAAGAUUUUAGUACUUGAUGAAGCCACUGCUUCCGUUGAUACAGCUACCGAUAAUCUGAUUCAGCAAACUUUGAGGCAUCACUUCUCAGACUGUACUGUUAUUACCAUUGCACAUCGGAUCACUUCUGUUCUCGACAGCGACAUUGUUCUUCUUCUAGACCAUGGCCUUGUUGCUGAACAUGAUUCUCCAAAAAGACUGCUAGACAAGGAAUCCUCGUUGUUCGCACAGCUCGUAGCAGAGUACACAACGAGGUCAAGUCCAGUUUCAGCAGCUAAAACGAUGUGAACUGUAUGUUUCACUGGACAGAAAUGAGAUUUCAAAAGAUUUAGUGGUCAAUAUGCAGCUUAUACUCAAUAACUGUACAUUUUUCUUAUGACUAGCACUAGUUUUUGUAUAGUGAUUGGCGAUUUUCGGUCAUUUGGAAAGUUGGAAAACAGUACGAUUAUUAGAUAGUAAGUAGUUAUUCGGUCCGCGCUCUGCAUGGGCAUCUCAAUAUUUGUUAUUA